GGGUACCCUCCGUUGUCUCAUCUCUCUCUCGUGUGGACGUCCAUGUCCUUGGGGUAUGACCUCCACCACAAGCACCCAACAGGUGCCGGAUCUAGCUGCGGCCCAGUUCGCAGCUAGCCUGCAGAUCAUCGGCACAAUGACCGUCGGCGGCGUGUUCUACGGCUUCAUGACCGUCACGGCCGCGAUGUGUUUUUGGUCUCUCCUCCAGACUCGUCAGCGGUGGUCCUCGCGACAGCUCGCGCUUCUACUGGCGUAUGUCGGUGCUCUGUGGGCGGCCGGCACGGUUAUGAUGGGCGGGAUAUCUCAAGGGUCCAUCAAUACCUUCGUUUACAACGGUGCGCGCGCUCUCGAAAGUCCGUAUGCGCAGGCUCCGGCUGUCGGUUCGACGACGCUAGUGGUGGACACUACGUGGUGGAUUGUGCGUUUGCUUACAGACGGGAUGAUGCUCUGGCGGUUCAAAGUCAUCUGGUCGACCUCGCGCCUUUGGCGCUACCUCAUCGUCGCCCCUGUCCUAUUCUACCUUUCAGCAGCACUCUGCGGGUUCCUCGCCGCCAUAGUCUUCAGCCGCCGCUCGGUGUUCAACGCGAGCGACACCACAACUCACGACCUGAUCACGUCCAUGUUCAUCACCUCGUUCGCACUCAACCUAUACGUCACUGUCCUCGUCGCGGGGCGCCUCUUCGCCUACAGGCGCCGGUUCAGAGCCAACUGGGGCUCGCCGCACACGAAGCACUACACGUCCAUGGGCGCCAUGCUCGUGGAGUCGUACCUCAUCCUCGCCCUGUUCACCAUCGCCUUCGUCGUCACAUACCUCCUGAACAGCCCCGCGCAGUACAUGGCGGCCACCGUCUUCGGCCAGAUGCAGAUAACAGCGCCGCUCCUCGUUAUGCUCCGCGUCUCGCGCGGCGUGGCAUGGGGCUCGACGACGCCAGCGUCGGUGGGCAGCGUGGUGGAUCGAGCACUGGGAGCUCACGACCUGCGUGGGGCCCAGGUAGGGGCGUCAUAGCAUGCACUAGCUUAAGAGCGGGCUGGAUGCUAGUCGUGGGGCGCUGCAGCAUCAGAUCAGGGCUUCCCGGUGCCCGCGGUGGGCCUCCCCCUCUCGUGCCCAACGAUCGUCGUCGCACUCGACGCCAUCCCUCCCUCCGAGCUCGCGCUCGCGACAUGUCAAUUUGCGCUUGCUCAACGAGGAGUCGCGCGCCCGGGAUACAGUCACCCUUUACACCAGCAACAUUACAUUCGCCUCCACUCCUCGCUGCCGCUGCUCUCCGCCUCCAUCUCCCAUGCUAGCUCCCGCCGGCGCUUCGCGGCCGAGGCUCAGCAUCGCGCACGCUACGUGCUACGGCGGUAGUAGUCAACACCAGUUCGACCAAACAGUCUGUCGCCAAGAAUUCGAAGACCUCUCUUCCAGCCAUCGGCAUUGCCGCCGUGUCUGAGCAAGUCCGGCUGAUACCUAGGCCGCGCGGCCCGGGGCUCCGCCUUGACUCCGUUAUUCCCGGCCUCCUCCAUCCUCUUGACUCUCGCUCUUCUUUGUUAUAAAAUUCUCGCUGAGAUCUAACGCUAUUGGAGAUCUCAUGUUUUCCGUUCCUCGUGCUAUGAGAGCACCGACAGCGAUAUCAACAGCUGGAGAAUGGGUUCAUUCGUGAUGCGACUCGCGACGAUGAGCUCGUUUGUGGGGAGGAGAUGUGGUAUCGCGUCGUCGCAAAUGGGAUUAUGUAUAGUACAUUGGUGUGCAUGCGUGAAUGAAUGAAUAUGAAAUCCUCGAAACGCCGGGGUAUCUGUGAGGAGCCGUCUCAACGCCCGUAAUAAACUUGGAGAGAAAAUGGUGUCAUGGCGGGUCUAACGUGCAGUUAUGUCGGUGGCACCGAGGUCGUGCUCCGACCGCAACCAGCGCAAGGCAAGGCUCAUCCUUCUGCGCCCACUGGCAGCCCGUUAUUCCUGAUCUCCGCUCCCUCCGGACUGGUGCCUUGGUCGUCGCCUUGAGCUUGGGGGAGCGCCUUGGUCUCCACGCCGACAACCUGCUUCAGCCACACCGAGGCCAGCAACAGGAUGACCACUUCGAAGAUGAAAAUCGCCGACAUGGUGGCUGGUAAAGUAGGAGUUCAAAGGAGCGACGACGGGCGAGUGGGGCUGCGUUUGCGCCCGGUACUUGCUACGGGCGAUGGGUCCCAGUGAGGAUGGGCAAGGACGAGGGCGUUG